CCGCCAGAUGUUCCUCAGGUCCCUGAGUUUCCUCCUGCUGAGCUUCCUGCUGCCUGCUGCUCAUGGACUCAGCUCCUUCCCACAGAAACUCAGAGUGGGCAAACCUGAGGGCAGCGUGACCUUGUCCUGCACGACAGACUAUGAGGGGAAGGUGUUCUGGACCCACAACAAGAACAGGGUUGCUCCGUCCGCGUUCAGGGAGCACGGCGAUCGCGAGCUGACACUUCACGAGAUCGACAGUCCCGACACAGGAAACUACAGCUGCUGGGCGGCGGCGGGGCAGCUGCUGGACCACAUGCACCUGGUCCUGGAGGAGCAGCCAGAGGAGGAGGACACAGACCUGGUGCUCUGCACAGCCAAGUCCUACAGCUGCACCUUCAGCUGCUCCUGGAGCCCAGAAGGCUACGCCUUGGCCAGAGUCCGCUACCAGCGCAGCGACGAGGGCGGCCCCUCCGCCUGGGUCUACGCCCGGCCUGCCCAGCCAAGCGCAGCGCACGAGGGCACCUUCCACUUCACGCUGACCCACUCCAGCUCUCCCUUCGCCGAGGAGAGGCAGCCCCUGGUGCUGACGGCAGAGGCGCUGAGCAGCAAGCACUAUCGCCAGCGCACCGCGCACUUCUACAUCCGCGACAUCAUCCAGCCGGACGCCCCCCAGGCGGUCGUGUGCCAGCGGCGCAGGGGACACUCCCUCAGCGUGACCGUGCACCCCCCCCAGAGCUGGGUCAGCCCUCACAGCUACUUCCCCCUGGGCCACGAGAUCGAGUACGUCUACCAGGACAACGGCAAGACGGAGCGCUCCACGAAUGGCGUGAUCCCCAAGGGUGUCAGUAAGCUGCGUGUUCGAUCCCGGGACCUCUACUUCCCCUCCCAAUGGAGCCAGUGGAGCCCCUGGAAAAAUCUGAGGGGGCAGGACAAGGGCGUCCAGACCAGACACAGGCAAGACCAGGAGGCACACAAGAAGAGAAGAGCUGCCUGGGGCGCCGGCACCAUCCACUGCAGGAGGAGGAGGAAGGCAGCACAGGCACCGGACAUGGGGCUCACUGGGGGUCUGUGAGGUGCGUCUGUGCUGCCCUUUAGGUCCUUUCCGUCUACAAAGCUGCUCAUCUGUUUUGUAAUAAUUUUUUAAUAAAAUUAUUCGCCAAGC